AUGAAUAAAAAUUAUUCCUUAAGCUAUACUAUCCUAAGAAAAAAAUCAGCAUUAUAAACUUCAGAUACCACAAAAAAUACAUAAUAACAAACAUUAAAUAAGUCUAGAGCCAAAUCUAUCACUUCUACUACAAUCAAGUUAUUUUUAUAUACUAACUUUUUUAGGAAACCUAUUACUAUAAUUAAACCUCCUUUAAUAAAUUUAAAUAAGAUUGAUGUCAGUCCUUUCACAUUUGCUAAUAGACUCUCUCAUGAUGGUUCUACUGAUUAAACUAAUUCUGCCAGUCUUAAUAGUGAUUAAGAACAAUAAGGAAUAACCCUACCAUUAAAAAAUAAUUCAGAAUAACUAUAAAUGUUAAAACGCUAAAAGCAAAUUCUUGAGUAUAGGCUACAAUAAGAAACAGAAUCAUGUUAGCAAUAUUAAAAAAACUAUCAUCAUUUAUAGGAGCUUUUACAAAAAUUAGAACUUGCAAAAUCUAAUUACAUCCAUGAGAUGAACUAAUUUACUUAAUGUUUAAGGUUAGUUUUAAACAACACUGAUUGA